AUGGCGGCCACGACGUCGACUCCCAAUCAGUGCAAGUCUGCGGUCACGCCCAGUGCGAGCGCGAUUUGGGUCAGCACAACUACCAUCGACGAAGACUACUUCGGAGACGGGUUCAACCACGGCUUCUACAUCUACGAGGACAAGCCUGUCUCAGAUGCACCGCCGCACGCACAUAUGCCCAGCGCUGACGUGCGCCCGUGGCCCAUUCUCGCGCAGACGCACAACAAGCUUGUCGCCGAGCUUGCGUUCAUCGACGAUCAUUACCUGAACGCACCUACGCGGGGCUUAACGCACAACCCCCCCGGCACGUCCAUGAAUGGCGCCAAGAACACCCCGCCGUCUGCGGCCGCGAAGCAGUGGCACCUGCUGACGCACUUUUUCCCGCAGUCAGACGCGGGUGGGGCUGAUAAGAUUUGCCGCAAGCAGAGCCCUCGGCGGGCGCGGCCAAACCGGCGGAAAGGAGUUCGUUGUUCAACGCGGGUCAACAGCGGCCGGGCCAGCAGCGGGGAUCCCUCGGACACCGACAUGAUCUACGAUGUCGUAUUGGAGUUCGCAUCCAGAGACUAUUGCUACGCCGCGCCCGCGCCCAUCAACUGGGCCAAACGUUCCCGCAGGGGCGAGCUGCCUAUGAAGAGUGACAGGAAGGCCGAGGAGAUUCCUUUCAAGGACGUUUGUCUUGUCGACUCCUUCAGGGCGCACCGCUUCAAAGUCCCCUACGUGAGUGACGGUCCGUUCUGGGCGCUGAAGGACGGUCGGGCGAUGCUGGCGCCUUUCGGGAAAUCGAUUGUGAAAGUGCCAGAAGGCAUCUCAGGCAUCGAUGACAUGUCCAAGUACGUUGUUCAUGACCCCGAAUACCCUACGCGAGAAGGCCCUGUGGAUCAUUUCCAAGCUUUGAAGAAAGUGGAUGGGGAGCUCCUUUUGGCCGACGCGCACCUUGCCAACUCAUUCAGGCCUCUCGCCGUUGAGGACGAGAAAGCAAAGACAUUCUGGACAACAUGCAAGAUUGUUGAUGUGGAUGGGAAGGCGGCGACAGCGCCACAGCCCGACGGCCUGGCGCCAUCGCAUCCGCCAGUCGUGCAUGCGCACAAUUUCGGCAACCUCAACGAUUCGGCCCGCGACCGAAAAAUCCAUAAUUUCCACUACUGGUUGGCGCAGAAGCAGGGUGAGGAAAUGACGUCGUCGGGCGGCGCGGCCAGUAGCAGUUCCGCCGUGACUGAGAACCACUUCGACAUCGUCUUGAUGGUUGACGUGGAGGCGACAGCGCCGCAGCCCGACGGCCUGGCGCCUUCGCAGCCGCCCGUCGUGCAUGCGCACAAUUUCGGCAACCUCAACGAUUCCGCCCACAACCGCAAGGUCCACAAUUUCCACUACUGGUUGGCGCAGAAGCAGGGGGAGGAGAUGACGUCGUCGGGUGGCGCGGCCAGUAGCUGUUCCACCGUGACUGAGGACCACCUCGACCCAUUCUUCCACCAGUGGACAUGCUGGGAGACCAACGUCGCAUUGCCGUCGGAGCGGAUGGCCUCGCGCAGUGGCGCUCAGGCGGCAUGCGGCUGCGGCGCGGACGCGCGCGACCAUGCCACAGCGACGCAGCUGGCUCCUUUCAGGGAGGAGCGCGACGACGGUUCUCAAAAAGAUUGUCUGGGCGGUUCUGCAAGCGAUGCCGAGUGCAGGAAGCGCGUCCUGGAUAUGUGGGAGCCAGAUAAGUAUACGCGCAUGGUUAACCGUCGAUCGCUUCAAGGCAUCGCGGCGGAUGUCGAGAAUGCUUUUCACAUUGCGCAGUUCAUUUUCGUGGACAUCGGUAACGUGACGCUGCGGAGGGACGCGGCCGCCGUGUUCGAUGCCAUAGAGGCCGUUCAGCGCCUGAGAACUAUGCUCGCGACAAUGUGGGCUGGCGGACCGGAGGCGCGGGACAUCGAUAUGGCUAUGGAAGCUCUGUGUUGGAUGGGCCAGGCAUCUUUCAUGGGCAACCCUGACGCGGUGGACCCUGAGAAGCGCGCGUUUCGGGAAGAUCCAACACUAACAGCAUUCCUGGAAAGUCCCGAGGCUCGUCUUGCAUACAUCAAGAAUUGCCUGAUCCCGUUCAUCGAGGACACUUCUCCCGAGGACUGGGAGUUGGCAUUGGCGGCGGGGCGGGGCACGGGGUGCACUCGAGAGCGACUUCCCCGUCGCAAUGCCAACUCCAAGGAAUGUCGAGCAUUGCUGCUAAACCCGCCAGAGAAGAUCGUGAACGCCACAAGACGAGCGGUUGCUCAGAUGGCCAACGGGGGUCUCCAGCCGCACGCGGAUUACAUAACAGUGGAGGAUGACAACGUUGAGACGGAGAAAUUUUCGUCCAUCGUGAAGUUGGCGCAUCAUCUCGCAGAUGGCGCUCGGGUUGUGAAGUGGCAUGACGUUGCGAAGAAGAUGAAGGAUUUCGCCACGAAGCUCCUGGUCGCUCUCGCCCACCCGCAGAACAAGGGUGUUUCUAGAACGGUUCGCGACGCGCUGGUAAGUUCUUUCGUUGCAGGUGGAAAUCCUGCUGCUUUGCUGCUCCCGUGUGAUAAGACGAUAUACACAAUAGCUGAUCAAGUUUUACGAAAAGGAAGCAUUGAGAAGUUUGUGACCAAUGCGAUGAAUGUGAAAGACGAGUUUUCGUGCGUAUCUAUCGAUGGAACUUACAAGGUGCCCAUGUCGCUCGUCGGGCAACCAAAGCACGGCACGCAAAAGCAAUCAUUUCAACGGGCUGAGAAGCACGUGCUCGAGACAAUCCUGAGCAAGACGUCGUGCGUCAUCGACGUUAUCCCCUUGUUCUCUGAGCGCUCGCCCAUUGUCAUUGAUGCUGUCUGCGCGUCGCUGAGGGACAAGCGCAAGUACGUGCUCGUGUUGAAGGCGGACAACGCUUCUAAUCACGAUAACGCCGACACCUUCAAGAAGCUCAGGAACUUGCAGGGGAUAUGUCAAGACCCACUUCAUCGAGCAUUCGAGGUCGAGGCUGAGUUUGGCGGGCACCGCAACCAACUGAGCCGGACGCUUCGAUGCAUCGUCCACAAGUUUAGCGUUCCGUGCAGGGAAAGGAACCCAGUUUACUACCACUUUCGUACCCAAGGCAUGGACAGGUUCCAGUACAACUCAACGUAUGACAAGAAGCUGCAGGGCAUGACCAAGCGGAACGCCAAUGCCCUCAUUGCCAACAUCGACCCAGAGAGUCCCUCCCGCAAGCCCUCGGAGUAUUUUGAAUUGCUCGCGGCGGCCGCUGUUAAGCACGACGCGCUCGUGCAGGACAGGCCGAAGCUCAAGGGGAUGUUCCGCCAUGCUGCAACGGUUACGCAGUUCGAGUAUUUGCAGAACAACGCCCGCUUCUUAAAGAAAACCACAAACAUCGAGUUGGCGCACGACGGCGCCACUGCAAACGAGCGCCUGCAUUUUCAGCUCCUAGCUCAUUUCGCAAAUGUGCGGUAUCAAACGCAACGCCACAUGAAGAUAGCCGUCCGCUCGUUCGUCGUUCGGCAGAUGAAGAGCGGCAUGUCCCCUGGGCCGGGCGCCUACGACCCCAGCCUCGGCGGGAAGAGCAGGCAGAUGCCCCAGCACACCUUCACCAGGAGCACAACCAGGGAUGCCCCCAUCGUGGGCCACAAGAAGGAGAACCAGGACGACCCCGGGCCUGGGGCCUACAAGGCGCACCUUGGCCGCGGCGACGUCCGCAGACCCUUGGGCGCGAAGUUCUGUGGGCGGGGGAGCCGCUUCCCCAAAGCGCUGCCGCAGCGCGAGUACUGA